AUGAAAGUGGAGGCAAAAGAUGGCUACUGUUUCGAAAAGGAAGUUGUUGGCAUGACAACUUCCGGUGAAACUCACGUACUUGCAGAGUUUUCUGGAACAGGAUGGUCUCUGCUAAACUCCAGCUGGCGGUUUCAGCUUCAGGAUGAACUCAACAAUGUUGGUCGCAUCUAUGAGCUUACAGGUUUCCGGAAGUUUGUUUUCCUCCUCCAGGUGGUUAUUUUACCCGGUAGAAAACUGAAGUAUGAAAAUGGAAGCUGUGAGAAACAUAAAAGUGCAGAGAGCUUGAUGACAGCUGUUGAAUUCUCUGCAGAAUAUCCUUAUGGAAAAGCUGUGGCAUUAUUCAAUUUGAAGUCUGGCGUUCGGCAGAUCAAUGAAGAAUGGCUAGUAGUUCCCGGGAUACUGUUGGCCUUUUUACUUUCUAAUACUUUGAGGAAGGAUUGUGAUUGUGAUCUCAUUGCCAACAUGGACAGUCCUAUUGAAGUGGAUGAUGCCUCAAAGCAAGUAGUGAUCUCAAAAAUGGAGUGUGAAAUUGGUUGGGAGUCUAUUGAAGAGGGCAUUGAAGUUACCGAGGAUAGCACGUCCAACAGAGAAUGUGGCAAUGGGUCUGAAGCAACGACGAUAAGCUGCACAAAGUGUUCCCGCCAAGUUGUCUCAUGUAAUACCAAUUGCCAUGCAGGAGUUGCAGUGAAGGGCAGCGGUUGCGGUUCUUGCGGAGGCUGCAGUAGUUGUGGGGGAGGGGGCUGUAAAGGUGGUGGUUGUGGUGGGUGUCAUGGUGGCUGUAACACAAAAUAG